CAUUAGAACUUCAGGGAGAAACGAAACUGAAAGUGCAGCUGUCACUUCUGUCGGCCCUCGUCGAAAUACAGUAGUUACUCGAUUCCCGGCCUCCCUUAUCUCCCCCCACCGCCCUGCCCGCCUCUGCUGUCUCCUUCCCAACGGCAGCAGCUGAUAGAGCAGGUGUCCGGGCUGCUGGCUGCAUUGCUGGGAGGACACUGAUACAGCACCUCUGGGAUCACACGGGGCCGGCACGUUUUUACCUAUAACUGCCUGUGGGGAGGGGGCAUAGAGGGGAGAAGCCUGCACACCCAGUGAAGAAAUUUAAAGUGCACCGGCUCCUUUGGACCCCGUCUAUACCCCAUCAUACUAGAUUCCCCAAUAUCCCUUAUGGACUACGAGAAAUGGAUUUACUGUGUUCUUAAGUGAUCUACAAGAUGGGAGAAAAUUUUAAAGGCCAACUUAUAGCCCUCUGUCUAAAGCUAGGGCUGCAUUAUAGGUUUGAAGAAGCCUCGACAACAGGACCAUCUCAUGACCCAAGAUUUGUUUUUCAGGUAUUUGUCAAUGGUGAGCAACUCGGAGAAGGAGUAGACAAACAGAAAAGGACAGCUGCAAACCUUGCAUCCAGAAUGGCUUUUCUAGCCAUACGAAAUCGAGAUCUGGCACACCAUGAAGUGCAGGUGGCAGCGCCAGUCGCUGCGAGUUUGAAAGAUGGCUUCUCCCAGAAAGAUCGCCACGAGGCCCCGCCACCUGUACAAAUUGCCUCACCACCCACCACUCCUCUUGUAACAAAUACAAGUUCUACACAAAGUCCGUCACAAGUUAAUGGCGCUGCAAAUGAAAUUGAGUGUGACCCAAAUUAUGUUGGAAAAUUCAAUGAAUAUUGCCAAAAAAAUGAAUGCACGGAUUACAAAUUUGUUGAUCAUCGCACAGGACCCCAACAUAUUCCUGAAUUUUUCUGUAGCGCUUGGAUUAAUGACAGGAAGUUUCCUGAAGCUAAAGGAAAGAACAAGAAAGAAGCAAAAAAGAAAGCUGCACAGUUGGCAUUAAAAGUGCUUAAGAAUGAAGAUCCUAACAAUCAGGAGCUACGGCAGAUCCCCGGUCUAGACGAUACUGAUGUGGAAGAAAAAGGAAAUACUUCUGAAUCUGGAAGCGUCAGUAACAGCUCUUCAAACACGCCAGAAAGUCAACAUUCACAGUCGGAAUCUAGUGACUCACAGAUAAUAUUUCGCUCUUCAGAUAGUGGGAUCCCAGCUGCACCAAAGAGACCACAAAGCGUCAGUAACAGCUCUUCAAACACGCCAGAAAGUCAACAUUCACAGUCGGAAUCUAGUGACUCACAGAUAAUAUUUCGCUCUUCAGAUAGUGGGAUCCCAGCUGCACCAAAGAGACCACAAAGCGUCAGUAACAGCUCUUCAAACACGCCAGAAAGUCAACAUUCACAGUCGGAAUCUAGUGACUCACAGAUAAUAUUUCGCUCUUCAGAUAGUGGGACCCCAGCUGCACCAAAGAGACCACAAAGGCGAACUGAAUUAGCACCUAAUUUCCAAAAGUGCAAGCCAGCAAGUAAUGCAGUCGCUGAAGAGAAAACUUUUCAUAGCUUUCUUAGUGAGUUUACCGACAUCACUAUAAUUGGCAAAGGAGCAUAUGGAGAAGUGGUGAAAGCUAAGAAAAAACUAGAUGACAAGUUCUACGCUGUGAAAAAAGUACGUGUGACAAAAAAAAAAUAUUUACAAGAAGUAAAAGCCUUGGCUCGCCUUGAACAUAAAAACAUUGUGCGUUACUACAGCGCUUGGCUGGAGCAGAGUGAUUUCUCAGACAGCAGCGAGAGCAGUAGUUGUGCAAGUGACAUUGGUGAAAAGCCGGAGACUCUUUUUAUUCAAAUGGAACUAUGUGAGAAUGGGACCUUGGAAAAAUGGAUCAAGAAGAGGAACAAUAAAAGGAUUCUUAACAAACCCAAAAGUCUUGAAAAAUUUCGUCAGAUAGUUGAAGGAGUAGAAUAUAUUCAUGAGCAACAACUUAUUCACAGAGACCUAAAACCUUUAAACAUAUUUUUUACUAAAGAAAUGAUCGUGAAAAUAGGAGAUUUUGGCUUGGUGACCCGAAUGACAGGGGAAGAUGGGAAAGCACUUCAACGAACUAAAGCUAUUGGCACAACAUCUUAUAUGGCCCCAGAGCAGGUACACUUCAACUGUGAGAGACAGAAUCUGAAAAAAAGCACGGCACACUCUCGACCAGACCUGGGAGAUCCUGGAGACACCAGGACUAUCGGCAACCACAUCUUCCAGGUUCCAAGACACAAGAAGUUGAGUACCAGCUACAGGACAGGUGAUAACAUUUGUAGAUCCGUUAUGCCUAAUAAGCAAUUUGGUAGGAAACCCCCACCGGUACGGAAUGUCUGCCUUCCUGAGGGCUUUGGUGACCAGGUGAAAAGACCUACGAGCUGCAAGAGUGGAGGCUGAGAGAUCUCCGAAGAUUUGUAAGUUUCCCAGGAUAUCGUCGGUAGCAGGCGAAGGUUGGGCAGCACGAAGCACCUGUUCCUUCACAUGGUAGUGGAAUCUCAUCAGGGUAUCCCGAGGCGCUGCCGUAGGCGCAUUUCUUGCCUUAGGAACACGGUGGAUACAGUCGAGCAGGAAUUCCACCAUGGUAACUGUGGGAAGAAGCCUCAUAAAGAGAUCGGUAACACAGCCCUUUAACUCGGAGUUAGGCACCGAUUCCGGGAUACCCCGAACCUUGAUAUUGUUCCUGCGUGAUUGAUCUUCAAGAUCACAGACUUUACUUCAGAGCGCCAUGACUUCCGUCUGAAGCUUCUCAUGGAGCGUGAUGAGAUUGUGAGACUUAAUAACCUCCUCCAGUUUAUUCUCCAAAUGAUCCGUACGUUGACCCACAACAUCAAUGGAUUGUUGGCAAACCUGUAAGGCCGACUUGAACUCCUGGGAGAUGUCCGCUUUAAACGUCGCCAAGAGCUGCUUCAUAGAGCCAAUCGUCAAUGGGGCAUCAUCACCUAUGGUCGCUGAUACAGGGGAAGUGGAGGUUAAGGGUUCGAAAGGAGCACUGAGCGCGGAUAGGGAUUUAUGAUUCUUGUCAGAAGAAGCAGUAAUCCUACCUCCUUGCGCAGGGGAAGAUACUUGAAAAGCUCACUGUGGGAACCCCAGGCCGUUCUUUCUGACGUUUAGGUGGCAUCGAUUGUAGAACCGGUAUAUUAUAACGGAGCACUCAGGCCAGAUAGUGGUAAGGACGAUGCUAUAAGUAUAUCCCUGUAAUAAAAAAUCCACAAUAAUUCACCAACAGUAGGGCAUGGCGUGAAAGAGGUAGCAGAACAUACACACGGCUAGUACAUAUUAGCCAGGAUCCUCGCUCCGCAGAACCGUACUGGAAGGCAAAUGUAAGAGCCGUCAGCAACACCAGCAAGGGGUACAUAAUAUAGGCUAAAGGGAAAUUGAUGUGCCCCUGCUGUACCACAGAAUCGGUUUGGGUACCAAUUCGGACUCCCCGCUGUCGGGAAGUCACAGUAUUGAUAGAGUCAAAUUAAUUUCUAACAAAUAUUUAAAAUGCCAGCUCUAAUAUAUACUGCGGACGCCAGGCGCAUCUUAU